UGACCGCGCGCGCCAACCACCUAAGCGAGGAAGCGCGCAGAGCCAAGAGACCCGAGAGCGAGGGUCAAGCUCGGUCUUCGUCGUCGCACCGACGUAGGCGCAGUUUGUCGCUCCUCGCCGUUACGGUCACCUUCCUCUGCGAGUAGCCAGAUAUUAAUUUGUGCUCGCGAAUCGACUAGUAACGUGCUGGAGCGAGAUCAGACGAAUAGCCCGGCUUUUCAGCAAGCAUCACCGAAAGUGUCGUCACGUGCGAAUACGAGUUGAUUAUAGGAGUCCGUUCCUCCUUGUCAGCCGUCAAAAUUUCUGAAGAGCGAUCUUCCGCGCUAGCGUGUCACGAUCGACUCUGGGAUUUCCUAGGUCGUCGACCUGUGGUCUUCCUGCCUCUCGUCGUCCUGCGCGAGUGUCGCGUAGCGUUCUACCGAACCAAGUGCAGUUCCGUGUCGUGAUCCUUUGUUAUCCUUUAAUCCCCCUGGGAAUUUCUCAGCUGUGAAUUUUCCGUUUGUGAUCGAUUCCGUCGGUGUCGACGAAUUGCUUCAUCGGUCCACGCGACCAGCUGCUAUCAUUUUUUCUCUUGUUCUCUCUCUCUCUCUCUCUCUCUCACUCUCCCUCUCUUACGUCGCGCCAAUCGCAGCAUGGGGGACCAGGAGCAACAGGAAACGAUGCCAAGCGUGGUAGAGUUGAACGUGGGCGGCGUCUUCUACACCACUGCUUUGACUACACUGACCCGCGAGAGCAACUCGCACCUGGCGGCACUCUUCACUGGCAAGUCCGCUGUGGAAAAGGACGCCAAGGGCAAAUACUUUCUGGAUCGCGACGGCGUGCUCUUCCGUUACGUAUUGGACUUUCUACGCAAUCAGGCGCUGGUUUUACCCGAGGGCUUUCGCGAACGCGAAAGACUCAAACAGGAGGCGAAUUUCUACGGUCUACCCGGUUUGGAGAAGGCAAUUUUGGAGAAUGCAGAUUCCGGCGGCGCGAUUGGCAAACGCACGCCAGGAUACAUCACCAUCGGUUAUCGGGGCAGCUUUGCCUUCGGCCGCGAGGGCCUGGCCGACGUCAAGUUCCGCAAGCUCUCGAGGAUCCUCGUGUGCGGCCGCGUGGCGAUCUGCCGGGACGUGUUUGGCGAAACGCUGAACGAAAGUCGCGAUCCCGACCACGGCAUGUCCGAUCGCUACACGUCACGCUUUUUUCUGAAGCACAGCGUCAUCGAACAGGCCUUCGACAUGCUGCAGGAGCAGGGCUUCAGACUGGCGGGUAGCUGCGGCUCCGGCACCGCCGGGAGCAACUCCGAGCAACUGAAGCCCGGAGUGGAUUCCGAGGAGAAUCGUUGGAAUCAUUAUAACGAGUUCGUCUUCGUGCGCGAUUAAAGAGUUUCGCUUUCGAGAAAGGUGUACUUUGGCUAAGCCCGUCGUCGACGGCUCGUAUCUUGCAAAAGUACGAGGCUGCAAAAGUAACUGCACGCAGCUGCCGCGAAAAAAGACUUCUUCAAUUAUUCGAAACGACGAUUCAGACGUGGAAGUGGAAACAUUCGCGAAAACACGUGUGUCUAAUAUGGGAGCGAAUAACACGAUAAAUACGGAACUCUCGUUUAUAGCGUAAUUCAUGAUAAUGAAGUAUGAUACGCAAUAUCAAGUUUAACCAGGAGUUCGUACGAAAGCGUCGUCGACGAUCGUUUCGCGAAGUUCUUAAUUAAUAUCGCCUCGUAAGAAAAUUUCCCAAAGUAAUCACUAUCAAUCAACGUUGAUAUAAAUGGAAUUUGGGACACUUCGACGUUCGACAAUUCCAACGUUAUAUAUCUCGAAAUUUUUUUUCUCACUUUAAUCGAUUCUUUUAUCCAGAAUGAGAAAAACGGAUAAGACACGACGAAGAUAGAUAUCCGAGAACUGUCGUCUUUCGAUAGAACCCUCGUCUAAAACAUUGACAGCGCUGAAAUAACGAGGAAUUGGAUUUCUGUAUUAAGGACAACCGUCGAGCUCAUCGAGCGUGACCACGUCGGACUAGCGAAUACCAUUAUUCGUAUCAAGAUAAGCAACAUGAAGAAUUAUGAGCAUCAACGUCGAACUUGAUAUUAGUCAAUGUCGAACGGUAACAAUCCGGGAAAUGAUAACAAUCAUGUUGAAACCAAAGACAUUUCGUUAAAUUCGUGAUCGUAUGUUUUUUAUGUGUAACUAGAUAUAUUCAACUGUAAAUGAGUUUGAUCUACAACUGUACAAAUAGUAUCUAAGACUUUUCCGAACGCGGCGUGCUGAGAUCUUCCGUAAUCGCGAACUGUGCCGACGGCAGUAAGAAAAUUGCCAUUUCCGACAAAAAUCCGACGUGCUCCUAUCGGGGGUCGCCGUCGCGAGGGAGGAACGUUUAUUAAAAAGCGGUCUCGCGUAAAUCCACGAGAUGAAAGACGCCAAUAUCGGGCGUUUUUCAUUGCCGGUGGACGCCAAGUAAGAUGGUGAAUGAAACGUGCACAAGAAAAGCAGAUCGGGUUGGAAGGGACACGGAUGAUGUUGAAAUAUCUGCGAAUGAACGCGACUUGGCCACUUAAAGAGGUAACAGUGUCAUAUACGUCGGCGAUAAAUGCUCGCUGGAUGCAACGGACGAGAGAAAAUGUAAGGAAAUACGUAAAUGCAAAACGUACGCUGACGUGUGCAGAGACACAAGUAUCGGCUGCUAUUUAAAAUCAGAUUGAACGACUGACGUAAUAACGUUUGCGUGUUUUUCAUUCGCGUCUGACGGGAGAGGAAAUUAAAGGUGAUGAAGAAUUUCAAUUAUCGUCUGAUAACUGAGACCAUUAUUUAAAGAAAGUCUCCGGUGCUAGUACGCCGAGUAGUUGGUAUUGGUAAAUGGUCGGGCCGAGUAGUACACUGCUAGAUGACGGUCAGACCGAGUAGUUACUACUGAUCGCUAGUCGGACCAAGUAGUUAGCGGUACACUAGAAUCGAAUCUUUUCUUUUAAAAGUAGAAAAUACACCGGUGAAAAGAACGGGCGACGGGAAUGAUGUAGAUACCGACUUUCCAAUAUUUAGUGAAUUAUCGUUUCUGUAUAAAUUAUCGGCUUAAAUAGGUGACUAGCACCAUCCCCCUCGAUGGGCGGAGCGGCAUGUCGAAUGCGUGUACUUACAACUCGACACAAUGUUAAACGUGCUAUUCGAAAGACGGGACGUUCGAAGAUACAUGCUCUCUUCUAAUGACUUUUUGUCAAUUUCUUUAAAAAAAAUCGAGUCAAAUGCUUUCCUUCUUCGUCUUAAAUUCUUUUCUCUGUAAAACAGAACGUAAAUGCGACAAGCAAUUCAUAACUUUCGAUCUGUUGACAUGCGGAAAUAUCGGAACACGAUGAAAGCAAAGUGUUGUUAUAAAUUUGCAACGAAUUCCACAUCGUAAAUCAGUGUACGUGUGAAAACAUCAGAUAAUUGAGAUAUUUUUUCCUUCUUGCUAUGCACUAUUGUGUUUUACGGAAUGUAUUUGAAAAAAGUUAGAAAUUUUUCAAAUGAAAAAAGAAUUGACGAACCAUAAAGAAUCGAUCUUUAUACUUUAUAUACUUUUAAUUUCAUACCAAUGCUUUCUUAUUAUUACUUUUUAAUCGAUAUUUCUUUACACGCUUGUGUUUGAAGUUUAAGUUAUAUUAUAGUUAUAUUCGCUUUUUUAUUAUCCUGUAGAACUACUUAAUAUAAAGUAGCAGAUUUUCAUUUCAGAUUUUCCAAUUACUUUACGUUGUAAUAUCGUUUAUUCAUCUACUUAUUAAUAUUAUUAAUAAUCGUUUGCAUAUUUGAAAUGAUUGAGAAAGAACCGAGAAAUUUAUCGCGAUUAUAAUCCUGUCGCAACAGGUUAUCAUGUAACGGACAAUGUUUAACGAUUGUUCCAAAGAGUGCCGACGGCGUUGAACAGACGAGAGGCAGAUAUCGAGUUUCGCGUUAGCUUCUCGUUAUCAUAGAAAGCGUACAACGCGUCGAAGAUUUUCUUAAAAAUAAUGGAGAUAAUAAAUCUUGUAUCGUAGCAAUGUCUCAUAUAUUCUUAUCAUUAUGACACUUAUUAUUAUUAUGGCGAUUGAUAAAUGUGUAGAAUCACAAUAAGUAUAGAGUUAUCUCUCAACUUUAAAUGCACUUAACUUUCAUAACUUGUUAGCAGAAUCAAAAUUAUAUAUUCGCGAAAGAUUUAUUGCUACGAAAAUAUCAAGAUGAAAAUUCACGGUUGGUUGCUUGCCCUUUGUAAUUUCGAUACGCGCUGCGGUAAUCCGAAAAUAAAAGAAACAAAUUUCGGAGCAAUGAUGCAAAUCAUGGCUGUUAUUGUUAGUGCAUGGUUUGCUGUUCGAUGAACGCAUCCGCAAUGGAUUGAUUUAUAAUGACGUUAUACGUUCGGGUUACGUACGAGUUAUGCGUGUCAACACGAGGUGUUAUACAUAUACGUAUACAAUUGAGAAUAGACAUGAUAGCCUAAUGUGCGUUUGAGAAAAUUUAAUUUGCCUACAUUGCACAGCUUGUCUUUAAUUUUUCGCAAUUGAGACAUUUCAUCACGUAAAACCGAUUGCUGAUUGUUAAAAUUUGGAAGACAGCGUUCCGUAUUAAGAGAAAACGUUAUUAUUACCUAACACACGUGAAACGAGUGAACGACGUUUUCCAAGUCUUGUGUCUUGUGAGAUAUAUAUCAGCUUUCAGAUAUGAUCUGCAAUUGAUCACGAUUGAUGACUAUUGCGUUGAGCAAUGCGUCAAAUCUUGCUGAUGGGAGAUUCUAUUGAUUAAUGUGGAGCGGUAAUGGCAUCGUAAUCGUUACGCGAUUACAAUUAGUAAAUCGCCUACUUCCAUUUACUCUGUACAAAUAAAGACAUUCAGGUAAAUCAAACUUGUAAGAUAGUAGACGGAUAUUGCACGUUAAUGCAAAAAAGUCUCACGUAGAAUGACUGUAAAUUUCAAUUUACUUUAUAAUACAAAUUUAAAUCUUUACCAACAAUAUAUAUCAUUCAAACAUUUGCUUUUUAU